AUGCUCAGAGUGGUUGCGGUAUCCCUGGCGUUCGCCAGCACCGUCGCUGCUGGGAAUGUCGCCACACUCAAAGACUCGGACGGCCUCUGCUGGUCGGCGUGCAGCGAUGCUAUCGGUUCGGUCACCUUUGGCGACAGCGACCCCACUCUGGACUACUACCCCGGUCUCGUCGCGUCAAAGGACUACAUGACCUCGACUGUGCUCUGCAUGGACACCUACUGCCCAGCCACCAAGUUCUCAGUCGAUGGAGGAUGGGAGCUCUUUGCUUCGUAUGCCAAACAAUAUGGUGACGUCCCUAGCAUACCAACGGUGGAAUCUGUGCGCGCCGAGAUCAACAAAUCUGCUGUCGUCAACGUCGACGUUCGUGACACCGCCAACCUCCUACCCAUGUACAAUUCUACUGUCCUUAUCGCCCAAAACAACUUCGAUGCUGGUCUCAGGACCGAGCUCGUCUGGGCCCUUGAGAUGAGACAACACCACGCCUACGGCUGGACCAUGUACCUGCUCCUCGGAAUUAUGCUCGUCAUCGGCACCGGCAACCGUCUCUUCGCAGCCUUGUCAAAGCAUGUCAACCGAGGCGACCCCGAGGACAUGCAUCUUGGCGCUCCCGUUCGCGACACCCUCAUCUCCAAAGUCUACACCUGGUACCUUCGCCGCAUCGCGGUACCUGCCACAUUCGGUUACAGGCACAUGCAGCCUUGGGGCUGGCUUUCCAUUCCGACGCGUAUCCAGGCCAUUCUGGUCUUCAUUUAUGUUGCCCUCAACCUCAUUUUCACCUGCACAGGCUACGAGCUCUUUGUCGAAAACAUGUACUGGUCGUCAAAGAGCAUCCAGCUCUGGCGGUACGUGGCCGACCGCACGGGAAUCAUGGCGUUCUACAACAUGCCGCUUCUCUGGAUCCUUGCCGGCCGUAACGACGUUCUCAUUUGGCUGACUGGAUGGUCUUACCAGUCGACCAAUGUCUUCCACCGUUGGGCAGCUCGCGUCGCUACUGUUCAGGCUAUUGUGCACUCUGCUGCUUACACCUGGCUCGAGCUGGACUAUCUUCCCUCAAUGUUCGCAUACGAGUACUGGGCGAUGGGCGUGUUCGCCACUGUGGUCAUGUGCAUGAUGCUCCCCUUGGCCAUCCGCCCUUUCCGCGAGAGGAUGUACGAGACCUUCCUCAUGCUUCACAUUAUGAUGGCACUUGCCACCCUAAUCCUCCUCUUCUACCACGUCAAGAUCUUUGACGGCGAGUACGAUGGCUGGCUCUGGGCCUGUGUCGCUAUCUGGCUCUUCGACCGCGUGCUCCGCAUCGUCCGCGUCCUCGUUCUGUCUUACAAGACCUUCCGCUCGGGUGGUAGAAACACUGUUGCGCGCAUGACCAACACGUCCGACUCGGGACUCAUCCGUCUCUCGGUCGAGUCGUCGAUCCCGAUCAGCCCCAAGCCUGGCAGCUACUAUUUCUUGUACACGCCUCGUUCUUUUGCGCCGUGGGAGAACCACCCGUUCACACUCGCAUCUUGGACCAAGAGCGCGGACGGCAAGAGCACAACUCUCCAUUUCCUCAUGGCGGCACAGAACGGCGCCACGGGUCGUCUCGCUCGCCGUAUCAAGCGGGUCCAAGGGGGAGACCUCAACAUGCGCGUCCUCCUCGAGGGCCCAUACGGUUGCAAGCACCCAGUUGGCAACUACGACCAUGUCCUCCUCAUUGCCGGUGGAAGUGGAGUCACCGCUGUGCUUCCUUACCUGUACGCUCUUUGCAAGGAGGGCCACCGCAAUGUCUCGGUCGUGUGGGUCGUCAAGAACUCGCAGUACGCCGCAGACGUUGUUGCCAACGAGCUCUCGCCUCGCCACACCGGUACCGCCAAUGUCCGUCUCUACAUUUCGCAGGAGGAGGGCGCCACGCCCGAUGCCGUGGUGGAGGCCAUCCCGCAGAUGGAAGCCCAGCCCUCGCAUGACGCCGUGACCGGAGCAGAGGGGGCGGAGAAGAACUCGGACGGCGCCAGCAACUCUGACAAUGGCAAGGACCUCAGUAUCCUCCGUGGUAGGCCCGCGAUGAAGGACCUGGUGGCGGAGAGCAUCCGCCACCUCGUUGGUGGUGAACGCCUCGCCGUCCUGGGCUGCGGUCCAUGGUCCAUGAUGGACGACCUCCGCCUUGCCAUCGCCCAGUCGUACGGUACUGGCGACAACCAGGUUCCCGGCAGCCAGCUCGAGUACUUUGAGGAUGCGUUUGAGUGGUAA